AGAGAGAGAGAGCACGCGAGCACGAGCAUGAGCUAGGGAGCACAGUGAAAAAUCACAGGAACUUUUUGACACAUUUCUUCAACAAGGUCACAUUUCCUAAUACUUCCCAAACAUUUCCACCAACUGGGGAAUAAGAAUUCAAGCAUAGGAGCCUACGGGGACUAUUCUCAUACAAACUACCACGGUACAAAUAAAUUAUUGUCGAGGUAUGUGUUUUUCAGGAGCUGGAGAACAAUUGCACAUGGAAAUAGAGAAGUGAGGAAUAAUUAAUGCUUAGACAGCCAAGAAAUAUGGUAACCUGUAUAUUUAGUAAGGAGAUCUUUCUUUCUUUUUUUCUGAGCUGAGAACCGAACCCAGGGCCUUGUGCUUACUAGGCAAGCGCUCUACCACUGAGCUAAAUCCCCAACCCCAAGAUCUUUCUUUUGAAAUUAUUGAUCUCAAUUAUAUUUUAAAAAUUUCCCUAGUGAUCCUAAUCUUUUUUUUUUUGCUGUAGUUAAAUUACAUUGGUCACAUUUCGCUUAUAGGAAGUAUAAACAUAUUUUUAAAAAAUUAGUUGAGUUUCUUUUUAGACAGUUACCCACGUGUAUGGAGCAUCUACUGAUUAAUCUCACUCCCUCUUCUCAGACUCUCCCUAUUUACUUGUGUCAAUUUGAAGAACAUAUUGUGUGUGUGUGUGUGUGUGUGUGUAAAUAGAGACACUGUUAUAGAUUAGUAAAGCAAUUUGUACAAGAACAGUAUUGAGAUUCAUCCUCAAUGAAGGUCUCUAAGUUUCAAUUACAGAAUUGAAUUUCCUCAAUUUUUUAAAACUUACUAGUAUUUUUUUUGGUAAUUUCAUGUAUGUAUUUAAUAUGUUUUGAUUAAUUACCCCACCCUUGAUGAGGUUCCUCCCAGCUUUGCCAGCUUCUCGCUACAUUUACUCUUUUCCCACAGUCAUGACUUUUGUUCCACUUUGAAUUUAACUCAUGCUGUCUGUGUGGCCCGGGAUGUGGACCUGUCUUCUGCAGCCUGUGAGCUCAGCAGUGGGUGAGAUAUGAAGCUUUACAAGCUCUAUGCUCAGCUCCCCCAUCCGACGUCCUGAGCUGUGAAAACUGGACCACUCUCUGUGAGAAACUGACCACGUCUCUGUCUGAUCCAGAUCCUAUGUUCACUGACCGGAUUUUAAAGUUCUACGCGCAGACUUUUACACUCUCACCGCUACACAUGACCAAGGAAAUUUAUACAAGCUUAGCUAAAUAUCUGGAGUUAUAUUUUCUUUCUAGAGAAAAUCACCUUCCUACUCUUUCAAGUGGAGUAGAUAUAACUAGCCCCAAUGUGACCCGCUUACUGAAAAAGGUCCGCCUUCUGAACGAGUAUCAGAAAGAGGUUCCGUCUUUUUGGAUUCGUCACCCAGAGAAGUAUAUGGAAGAGAUUGUGGAGAGCACUCUGUCCCUGUUGUCAGUCAAACAUGAGCAAAGCCACCUUGCGUCACAGAAGAUUUUGGAUCCCAUCUAUUUUUUUGCGUUAGUUGAUACUAAGGCUGUGUGGUUCAAAAAAUGGAUGCAUGCAUAUUACAGCAGAACUGCAGUACUAAGACUUCUUGAAAAGAAAUAUAAGUGUCUGAUAACUACAGCCGUUCAGCAGUGUGUUCAGUACUUAGAAUUAUGUGAGACUAUGAAAGCUGAUGAAAUUUUGGGACAUUCAAAGCAUUGUGGAAACAAGCAAAAAAAUUUCUACUACUCGGGCCAAGAAUUGCAAUACAUUUAUUUCAUCCACUCACUGUGCCUUUUAGGAAGAUUGCUGAUCUAUACACAAGGCAGGAAAUUAUUCCCCAUAAAGCUGAAGAACAGAAAAGAUUCAGUUUCCCUCACAAAUCUGCUGGUUUUGUUUACUCAACUUAUCUAUUAUUCACCAAGUUGUCGAAAGAUGGCGCCCGUCGUGUAUUCAGAGAAUUAUUCUCCUGCGAGCAUGGUGACUGAUGUUCUGCGGAUGCUGUGCGACCAGAAGGAAUGUGCAGUUGAGUGCUUAUACAACAGCACUGUGACCGAGGCCCUUCUCCAGCCCAUUCAGAACCUGAUGAAAGGCACUGCGGCUGCUCCAGAUUUCUCUGAAAUAGCUCUAAUUCACAUAGCUGAUAUUUUGGCAAGAAUUGCUUCUGUUGAGGAAGGACUUAUUUUACUUCUGUAUGGAGAAAAUAUGAACUCUUCUGAAGAAGAGAGCCCUACAGGUGCUCAUAUAAUAGCCAAGUUUUCAAAGAAACUUCUAGAAGACGCUAUUUCUAUUUUUCCUGGAUCGGAAACGUUGCCUGUAGUAAAAGGAGCAUUUAUUUCUGUGUGUCGUCAGAUAUAUAGUACAUGUGAAGGCUUGCAGGUGCUGCUUCCUUACGGCUUACAUGAUUCUAUAGCAAAGGCAUGGAAGAAGACAAGCUUGCUAUCAGAAAGGAUCCCCACUCCAGUAGAGGGCUCUGACUCAGUUUCUUCAGUGAGCCAGGAGUCUCCCAACAGUGUGGCUGUGGCUUGGGAAGACAAUUUGUUGGAUGAUUUACUCAAUUUUGCUGCCACCCCCAAAGGACUGCUGCUUCUUCAGAGGACAGGUGCCAUCAGUGACUGUGUGACGUUUAUGUUCAGCCAGUACGCAAAACAGCCACAGGUCAACAGGCAGAAGAAGUUCGGCUAUGAAGUCUUGGUUGUGCAGGUGGCAUCCACAGCAGCGGGUGCAGUGGCUCUGCAGAAUUCAGGCUUCAUUAGUGCCUUGAUAACUGAAUUAUGGGCCAACCUUGAAUGUGGAAGAGAUGAUGUAAGGCUAACUCAUCCCAGAGCUACCCCAGUGGACCCAAUUGACCGAAGCUGUCAGAAGUCCUUCCUCGCGCUGGUGAACCUGUUGUCCUUCCCUGCAGUAUAUGAACUAACAGCCAAUCAGGAGCUUCCUAAUAAGGCAGAGUAUUCUCUUCGUGAAGUCCCAACAUGUAUCAUUGAUAUAUUGGAUAGGCUUAUCGUUUUGAACUCUGAAGCUAAGAUUCGGUCUUUACUGAAUUAUGAACAAUCACACACCUUUGGCCUAAGGUUACUAAGCGUGGUGUGCUGUGAUCUGGAUGCCCUUCUCUUAUUGGAGGCUCAGUAUCAAGUAUCCAGCAUGUUAUUACAUGCACAGGAAGAAAACACCUUUGAGACCUCAGAGAACCACAGGAGUUUUAUAAUUGAUGGAUUAUCAGUGGAGAGAAAUCAUGUUCUUGUAAGGAUUAAUCUCAUUGGUGGACCUUUGGAGCGGAUUUUGCCCCCGAGGAUGCUUGAGAAGGGGGACGACCCGUAUCCUUGGCCAAUGUUUUCUUCAUAUCCACUGCCACACGCUUACCUGUCAGAAGGUGCACAAAGUGCUGAUGUAAAGCAAGACAAUGAUAUUGGAAACCUGUUAUCAUGCUUCAAGAUGUCAGAUAAGCAAACGGAGUGGAUAGAGAACUGCCGAAAACAGUUUUGUAAAACAAUGAAGUCCAAGCCGGAUGUAGUCCGUGGAAGUGUUUUAGGAGAACUACUUGAAAAAUUUGUGCUUCUUCUCACUGAAAACCCAUCUGAAUGCUACUUCCCUUCAGUGGAAUACACAGCUACUGAUGCAAAUGUGAAGAAUGAGAGUCUCUCAUCUGUGCAGCAGCUUGGCAUUAAAAUGACUGUCAGGUAUGGGAAGUUUCUCAACUUGUUAAAAGAUGGUGCAGAAAAUGAUCUUGCUUUGGUCUUAAAGCACUGUGAGAAAUUCCUGAAACAACAGCAGUCGCCAGUCAAGUCUUCUCUCCUGUGCCUUCAAGGAAACUACGCAGGCCAUGACUGGUUUGUGUCUUCUCUGUUCAUCAUAAUGCUUGGGGACAAAGAGAAGACACUCCACUUUCUCCAGCAUUUCUCCAGGCUUCUGACGUCUGCCUUCCUUUGGGUACCAAGGCUACAUAUGUCAAGGUACCUGCCUGUCGACACCCUAGAGACUGGUAUCCGUCCCGUCUACUUCUGCAGCGCCUACUACAUCGAAAUGCUGCUGAAGGCCGAGGUGCCGCUCGUGUUUUCCGCUUUCCACAUGUCUGGGUUUGCUCCAUCCCAGAUUUGCCUACAGUGGAUAACUCAGUGUUUUUGGAAUUACCUAGAUUGGAUAGAAAUAUGCCAUUAUAUUGCUACUUGUGUUGUCCUUGGCCCUGAUUAUCAAGUGUAUAUCUGCAUAGCCAUCCUCAAACAUCUGCAGCGAGACAUUCUCCACCACACCCAGACUCAAGAUCUGCAAGUCUUUCUCAAAGAAGAAGCACUGCACGGGUUUCGAGUGAGCAACUAUUUUGAGUACAUGGAGACUUUGGAGCAGAACUACCGACCAGUGCUGCUGCGGGACAUGCGCAGCGUCAGAGGGCAGAGCACAUAGAUCAGAAGAAACACUCGGAUGUUAUGUCCUAUUCAUCUGUAAAGGAGACAAGGCAACUUGAUGGUGUUCUGUCUCCAUCUGUAAGAUGCUCUGUGUGUCCGUGCUCUGUAAAUCAGCACCGCGGGCUUUGGAACAGAAUACAUUCACCUUGCAAUUUGCUCAGUGUGUGAGACGAAGCAAGUUCAUUUGUGAAGUCCCUUGUUCUUUACAGCUUUAGAAUCAGUUCUAGCUUAUAGUUUUUAUUUUAUGUUUGGCUUACAAAGGGAUCAAAGACCUAUUUGUUUUUACAUUCUAGUAGUAUUUUUCUAUUUGAAACUACUAGAAGAAAAACUCUCGAAAAUAUGAACAUAGCCAAUGGCUUCUGAGUAAGAUUCCAAUAGCUAAGGAAAUAAGGGAAGCGAGGGUAUAAAUCACGGAAAAUCCUGGCCAAUUACUCACCCAAUAAAGGGAUAAUAUUUAGAACAUAUGUUGAGCUAAGUAAAUUACAAAUGGUAGAAGAACAAAAAUCUCCAGUCAAUAAGCGGGCAGGGAUGGUAGCAAAGCCUUCACAUGAUGAAGUGCCCGUGGAAAACGGGUUUAUGAAGGGAGGCUCUCUGCCUUUAUCCACCUGGAGAAUGCCCAUCCAAACCACUUUACCUCAUCAAAAUGGCCAUCAUCAAGAAAACCAAUGCUAGGCAGGACUGGUAAGGAGAUGGGAGUUAGGAAUUAUUAGUGGCUAUGUAAAUUCUUCUAGCAACUAUGGAAAUAGGUGUGGAGGUUCCUCAAAAUAGAACUUGGCCUAACCAUACAGCUUACAUGAUAUAGAUGAAUACAUAAAUGUCAGAUGACAAUGGAGAUCCCUGAGCAUCUUUAUUUAUCUUGACACGACUCAUAAUAGCCAGGUUGUGGAGUGUGCCACGGUAUUCAUGGUGUGUGAGUACAAUAGGGGUUUUCUCAGCCACAAAGAGCGAAGUGGAGCAUUUGCAGGAAAUUGGGAUCGGAGAUCAUGUAGGUGUUAAAAGCCAGACACCUAACGACAUGUACAUAUGUUUUAUCUUCUUUGUACCCCCAGCAGGAGGUGGGUCACUAAACUAAAAGAAUAAGCAGUGGGAACGGUACAGGGAUUCUAAGAAUGCAGUGGAGGUCUGAGGACCACAGACGUGGCUCGGUGUCAAAGGAACUUACCUCUGAGGCUGACAGCUUGGUAUCAACCCCUCUAACACAUGUGGUCAAAGAAGAGAAGCGACCCUCAAGAGCUCCUCUCUGACCUCCAUAUGCACACUGUAGGUGGGCCUGGAACUGUGAAGUCAAAGUUUUUACAAAUAAAAGAGUAAUGUGAGACACAUAGACUCAAAGUAUAUUGUAUAUGUGUUGGGAAUGUCACAAUGAAACCCUUUAUAUAAUCAAUACAAACUCUAAAUUAAAUGUCCCAGUACCUAAA